CGUGGUUUCCACAUCAUUGGAGCUAUAUAUUGUGAUCAAUAGUUUGUGUAUCAUUCGUUUAUUGGAAAUUUUUUUUUCGGACAUGCAGAGAUAGUGGUAAAACAUACUAGUGUGGGCAGUGAGUUACUCAAACUGUGGUCAGCGCUAUGUUCUAUGUACCCUUGGCUAAAGAAGCAGUUAUGGAUGUCACUAAAAUUGUGCAGAAAAAAUUGGCACAAGAUGAAGUUUGUAAACUGGCCAUUGAGUGUGUGAAAGUGGUGAAUGGGAAACGGUUACUGAGGUACGCCGCCCUUGUUGGCAGGAACAGUGAGCAUGGUGUUUUCAUCUUCUCAUCAAAUCGUGUCCCCUGCCUACAGUCCAGUGACCUGAACCUAGAGACUGUCAUAGCUGUCAACUCAGGUCUCCGCAUUCAUGCAGAGGCUCCAUCUAAACAAACUGAUUUCCAUUUGUCGCUGACCUCAUCUGACAUUAACAUUGUGCUGGAGAUGCCGCGGCAAGGUUCAGCCACAAGUUUCUUAGCCUUCGUUAAAGAUGUACAUAUGCAGUUAGCCCCCUUCUCCCAACCUGUGUUCUACGAAUGGCUCCAUAAGUACAGGAAACUAAGCUCAGACUACAACCAGUCCUCAACAGACCAACCCCUGAUAGAGGAUUUGUUUGAUCCAUUGAAACACAUGAACAUUCAGGAACCAAACACAACUGUGCUGGCCACAGAAGAUUCCAACAGAACAACCAAAUGGUUUGAUGACUUUGCAUUACCGCAACCAAGUAAUGGUUUACAGUAUUCUCUCAGGUCCUCUAGCAGAGAUUCUCUUGACAAGAUUUCUUCUAGGAAUGAAGACUGCACAGACUCAAUGGACGCUGUCCAGCAGCAGUUAGCCAUCUCCUGUGGUCUGGAAUCUCCUGUAGGGUCCAAGCCAGUGUCCAACAGAGAGAAAGUGGUGCGGCAGCUGUUGGCCGACAAGGAAACAGAGUUCACAGAUUUAAAAUCAUUUAAGGUAUUCUGUGGUACUUGGAAUGUUAAUGGUCAGUCCCCUGCUGAGUCACUCCAUAAGUGGAUGGUUGUUGAUGAUGAGCCUCCGGACAUCUAUGCUAUAGGAUUUCAAGAGCUAGAUUUGAGCAAGGAGGCGUUUAUAUUUAGUGAAUCACCCAAGGAAGCAGAAUGGCAAAAUGCUGUGAAGAGUUAUCUUCACCCUAAAGCCAAAUACAAGAAAGUUAAAUCUGUACGUCUAGUCGGAAUUCUCCUAAUUGUUUACAUACAAACAAAACAUGUUCCAUACGUCAAGUUCCUUGACACAGACACAGUGGCUACAGGCAUCAUGGGAAUAAUGGGCAAUAAAGGGGGCGUGUCAGUCAGGAUGUCACUACACAGCACAUCCAUUUGUUUUGUCAACUCACACUUGGCAGCACAUCAGGAUGAGUACGAGAGAAGAAACCAGGAUUAUAAAGAUAUUAUGACAAGAACAAAGUUUAAAGAGUUUUCCCCACCAUUGGAGAUAUCUGAGCAUGAUAUUGUUUUUUGGAUUGGUGACCUCAACUACCGCAUUAACCUGCAAAUUGAUCUGGUCAAAAAGUACAUCAAAAAUAGAGAAUACAAGAGGUUGAUAUCAGAGGACCAGCUACGUCAGCAACUGAACACCAACUCUGAAGUAUUUAAAGGGUUUGAGGAAGGCAUCCCCAACUUUGACCCAACAUAUAAGUUUGACCCAGGGACAGAUAAUUAUGAUACCAGUGAAAAAAGUCGUGUGCCUGCAUGGUGUGAUAGAAUACUGUGGCGAGGGCCAGGGGUCACUCAGAUCAGGUACGACUCCCACCCACAGCUGAAGGUAUCUGACCAUAAGCCAGUGAGCUCGCUCUUUGAAAUUGGGGUUAGAGUUAUAGAUCAGAAACGGUAUAAGAGAGUUUAUGAAGACAUCAUGAAGCAUCUUGACCGACUGGAAAAUGACUACUUGCCCCAGAUCAAAUUAGACAUUACAGAGUGCGUAUUCAAGGACGUAAAGUUCAUUGAACCCCAGUCUCAGGUUGUGACAGUAGCUAAUAUAGGCCAGAUACCAGUAGAGUUUGAGUUUAUCAACAAGUUGGAUGAUCAAACUUAUUGCAAACCUUGGCUGAAGGCCAACCCAAGCAAGUCUUUCAUCUAUGCUGGUGCAUGUUGCGAGGUCAGUAUAGAAGUGUACGUGGACAAGACGACCGCAGCCAAGCUGAACUCAGGAGAAGAGAAGCUGGAGGACAUAUUGGUGCUGCACUUGAGCGGAGGCAAAGACUCUUUUAUAACUGUCAGUGGUAACUACUUGACCAGCACAUUUGGCUCAUCCAUAGAGGCCCUUGUCCAGAUGCAUGGACCCAUCAGAGAGGUGCCAGUAGCUGAUUUAAUAGAGAUUGAGCAGCCAGGGAGUUUAAGUCGUGUGGACAUUGCCCGGGAUGGUGGGAGGCUGUACAUGAUACCCAAGGAGAUCUGGAAGCUGGUGGACUUCUUGCGCAAGAAAGGUUUAGAUCAGGCUGACCUGUUUCAAAUGCCAGGAAGGAAUUCUGAAAUCCAGCAAAUCCGGGACUGUCUGGAUACAGGCAAACCUGAGCUACUACCCGACCAAUUGAAUGUCCAUUCCGUGGCCGAAUCUUUGCUCUUGUUCCUUGAGUGUCUGGCCCAGCCCGUCAUCCCUUACGACUUCUACAGCAAGUGUCUGACCUCAUCCAACAACUUGUUGCUCAGCAAACAGAUUGUUUCAAGCCUACCAGAUUGCCAUAAAAACUGUUUCCAGUACAUUUGUGCUUUCUUGAGGGAACUGCUCAAAUUUUCUGAUAAAAAUGGCCUGGAAAUCAAAUUUUUAUCCACCAUGUUUGGGGAGGUCAUGAUGAGGCGACAGAACCAGCUGUUUACCACGGCAACGACCAGGGAGGCCAUCGUCAAGGAGCGGAGGUCAAAGUUGAGAGAGGAGGAGGCCAAGAAAGCUGCGUUCAUGUACCACUUCAUCAGCCAAGAUGUCGACGACGUCAAGUAGUCUGUUGCUCCUGGACUUUGCCCUGUUCUGAUCGUGUAUGUGCCAUGUGGAUGGCAGAUCUGUUGUUAUUUAUUGAACUUGCAUCUGGAUGUACUAGUUCCACGUAUACCUACAUAAACUUGAUGUAUAUUUGUAUUCAACUUGUUACUCGCAACUUGGGCAACAUGUACUAGAUAUUCACCGACAUAAACCACAAAGCUGUUUCUGCAAUGAAUCUUUGUAUAACUUUUGUACAACGCUUGGAACAAAUUGGAUCCAAUAUGAAGAUUUUUUUAAAAGCUUGAAAUAUUUUCCGAUGUGAUUUAUGAUAAUGGAUUGUGUUGUUGCUUUCUGCUGUUGUAGAAUAGAUUGAUAUUUUUGGUACUGGAACAAAUUUUCAUCAUAUUUAAGUGGUUUUGUACUCAUUCCAUUCACAUUGUCACUUAAUGGGUAAAAACAAGUUUCAACUUGAACGUUUAUUAGCCAGCUUCCAUAAAUCAUGUUACAUAAUUUUUUGUAUACACCAAAUAAAUUAUGUUGUAUAAAUUUUUGUAUACACAAACUCCGCCCCUUGCUAGAAAUUGUCAUUCAGUGCAGAACUGCAUAGGGGAGUAAUUAUUUUAAAUUGCAAUAAUAAAUUUUCCUACUCUCAUCAUGUAGGCGAUGUCUGUUUUGUUUGAUUAGUUUAGAUGCUAUUUACUACCAACAAUUUUUGAGUACAGUCGUUUAGAAAACUAUUACUAAUAAGCUAUACACUUGCAGUAUUUUGGCUAGCAAAGUAUCAUUGAGGUUCAAAAAAUAGUGGGUUUUUUUUAACCAACAUGUUUCCCUAAAUGUUUGUGUUACUUCUUGCCAAUAGAACACGAAAUCUUUAGAGUAGCCUGUUUGUAAUGAUGGGGGUAGGUGUGUGAAAGCUAAUUGUAUGGUGAAAACCAACUAGUCAAAAUAGAUAGUGAUGUUUCCUUACAAAAUGGAGGCGUGAUGUUUCCUUACAAAAUGGAUGCAAAGUUUCCUGCAUAUGUUGAGGCUACUGUUAAUCUGUAGUGUUAAAAUUUGCAGGGCCUAGAUAAUUAUUGUAAAGGUUGGCACUUCAUCUAGGUUAAGGCUUCAGGAUUUUAAAAAAAGCCUAUGCAAAGUAAGGCAUUAUGCUAACCUACUAUUUGCAUUUAAAAUCCCUCAUGUUACAGUUAAUUAAAAAAAAAACAUGACAUCAUUUAUGGAAGCUGGUUUUGCUAAAUCAGGCUUUGGAUAGAUGGUUUACA